AUGAAUCUAGAAGAAGAUAACCAAAAUUCGGUUUUCCCUAAAAUAGCUGGACAUGCGCCUUCUUUGCCAGGGCUAGAUGGUGGAGAUGGAACCUUUGAUCAUACACCAAAAUUUAAAUUUUUUAGUGAAGCUGAAAGCGUUGGCCUUGCAUUGCCUCCUGUGCUUGGGUUAGAUGGUGGAUAUAGAGUCUUUGGUAACAUGCCAAAGUUUAAUGGACUUGCAUUGCCUCCUGUGCUAGGGCCAGAUGGUGGAUAUGGAGCCUUUGGUAACAUGCCAAAGUUUAAUUUUCUUGAUGAAUAUUCUAGAACAACUAGACUCACACUAUGUGAUUUGCCAGAAGUAGAAGGUGAAGUUGGAGUGGUUUUUGGUAGCCUAGGUUCACUGGAAUCUGGAGAGCAAGAGGCAAAGCCCAAAACUAGCAAAAGCACCAAGGUUAUCCAACACAUUUUUUGGGGGGCACCUGCCAUUUUCUUCAUGCUUCUCUUCUUCUUCGUCUUCUUCUUUUUGACUUUGAGUUGGGAAUGA